AACACCCUUAAUUUACGCCUCCUCUAACGUUGAAUCCUGGAACUGCCCCUGAGUCAUACCAUGAAUGAUAAGUUUUGUUUCUCUGGGAACCAGUUUACGCAGGAUGACGACCCAGAUGUUGGUAACCGUGUGUACCUCGUCAGUGAAUCGGGGAGCGAGCUGGUCUGCCCAGUUCAUCGAGAUCAAUCCACUAAGCUCCAGAUCAUUUGCUACACGCCCAGCGGUCUGACGGAACAGCGUCACUAUGUCAAGGUUGUGGUUGAUGGAAAAACUGUCUCCAAUGACGAGCUGUGUGGAGGAAAUCCAACUGAUGAUGACUGCAGCUUUGAGCCUAAAGCAGACAACACCCCAACAAUCGACACAUUCUCUCCACAGUCUGGAAAUCCUGGCACCCUUGUUUCCAUGAGUGGCACACUGUACAGUGAUCGUUAUGGUAGUAACGUCGGGUCAGCCACGAACGGACGUACAGAAAAACUGCUUAGGGUGUAUGUCGGGCCUCAGGACUGUGCUCUGAAGGAAGGAGAUGAAUUCUAUGGUUUGGCACUGGAAGAUGAGAACUCCAACAAAGGUACUCUGAUCUGUAAACAUCGGGGAUCCUCCAUAGGUUUCUACAAUACCAGUUACAUAAUUGACUCGCCAUAUGGAAGGUCCAUGGCCAACUCCCAGAUAUAUCGUAUGUCCUACAACGACCAGAUUUACCUCUUCCAGACCUACACAAACAUCACCUCGCUAAGCCACUCAUCUGGCAGUACGACUGGCGGUCUACGUCUACGCAUUCACGGCAGUUUUGUGGACAACAGAGCACCUUAUGCCCAACCUCGGGCCUAUAUUGGAGACACAGAGUGUGUGGUCACUGAUGUCGUUGUCGACCAGUAUGUGGAAUGUGAGGUAGCAGCUGACCCUGGAUACACGCAGACCAGUUUCCAUGGCAACCGAGGGGUCAACUUUGAGUACUGGAUGUCGACCACUAAGAGUGCUUCAGACCUCGACUCAAUACUUGACCUGACAUCUUCUAGCGCUAACUAUGUGUCAGACUGGUUGGAUGAGACUUAUCACAAUGACCUGAAUGACACGAUGGAUAAUUACGUGAGUCGGAUGACGACAUAUUUCACCGCUCCGCACACAGGAGAGUACCAGUUUCUGUUGAAUGCUGAUGAUGGGGCACGACUUUACAUUGAUGGAGUAGCGGAGGUGACGUCGUCAAUGUCCGAGGCGGGAUCAAGGAGAUUAACCUUGACCAAGGGUCAAAGGUCGCUUCUUCAAGUUGUCCACUAUGAGAACAACGGAGGCUCCUUCGUGCAUGUGAGAGUGAAAUUCUUUGACACAAAGUUCACGAGUGCAUGGACCAGCAAAGCGGAGCAGGAACAGCAGACCAUUUCAAUCACGUCAACGGUCACUUACGAUGUGCAGAGACUGGAUUUUUUCACAUUUGGGAACCAGUCUGCCACACAGGAAGUCCAGACGGUAACCCUGGAAACAGGAGGGGAAUUCAGAUUUGGCCUGUUUGGGGUUUACACUGCUCCAUUGUCUUUGGAGGCGGAUGACAAGACUAUAUCGGAUGCCCUGAAUGACCUGCCAGUGUUGUCUAGUGAGGAAUCAAUUACGCUUGUACGGGAGACCACUGAAACACCGACAUACACACUCACAUUUGUUUCUGACAGAGGUGAUUUCCCAAAUAUUGAGGUUGUGAAAGUGUUGAACAGCUCAGAUGUGGCGUACACAGUCACAGAGGAAGUGCAAGGUCGGCCUGACCUUCACACCAUCGCCAUAGCGAUGGAUGGAGUGGUCAGUAGUCCCGUCUCUGUGGCAACAGUUGAUCAAAACAAGAUCUCAACAUUGAUGUCAUCCUUGUUUGAGGCCAAGUGCCCACCAGUGUUUUCGGGGCCGGGGAUCAGCAAGUACUUCCAGGAUUUCGAGUCACACUCAGACUUGUAUUCUGGCACACGAGUAAAGGACACGGAGCCAUUCUGUGGGAGAUACGUGCUGCAGAACCCGUAUCGCAUUUACAAACAGAUUGAAGGGGAGCUGGGAAUUUCGCUGUCGUCAUAUGGCACUGUGUGUUUUGCCUACAAGGGUCUUCCACAGGCCUAUAUUGGUGUAAAGUUUACACGUAUUCAGGCCUCCGACGGAGAAACUGUGACAAAAAAUAUCUACCUACCGCACACAUUUGAGAUGGAUUCUGAGACACAAUCUACGACUUGGUACUACACAUGUGUGAAUGUGUACAAAGCUGUGUAUGAGGCGUACCCGCUGGACACCUCCCAUCGAAUGACGGAAAUCUGGGUGUAUAGUCAGAACUCACAAACCAAUCUCUACAUUGACUCACUCUUUAUUGGUCGAGAGGCAACCACUCAUGAUCCAGAGGUGAAUCGACUCCGUCUGGCGCCUGCCCGUCCUAAUGGAGCGUUGAUGGACGAGGUGACAGUGACCGUAGUGUCAGGUACACAAUAUGACAUCACAUUGAAGCCGUAUGAGUGUGGAGACAAGUUUCCACUGUUUGAACUUGCCCAUGCAGAGGUGACAGCAGGAAGAAUUUCCUACCCUAGCAACAGGGUGACCUAUGCCCUUGACAACGGUGGAGGGUCAGGGGUUAUGAAGGUGUCAAGGUCAGGCACUGCAUCGCCCCCAGUUACAGGCCUUAUUGAUAUCACCUUUAACGGGAAAACUAGAACAGGACUAAAUGUCUCGCUUGAGUCAUUUGACUUCGAUAAAGAGCUAGAAUCCCUGGAAGGUAUAGGAGCCCUUUCUGUAGAGAAGGAGGGGACAUGUGCCAAAUUUGACCUCAAGGUCACAUUUGUUACCCUGCCUGGUGACCUUCCUGAGAUGACAGUGACGAGAGGCCUGCAGGGUAACAAUGCAGCUGGCGCCGUGAGCACAGAUGUCAAUGGGGGCUUGUAUUAUGACCCCCUGUCUGGUGACUUCCUCACAACUGUACAUGAUGCACCACAGGUGCGGCUUUACAUCAAUGACGUGCCUACUACAUGCGACACUGACUGUUCAUUCUCCUGGGACGCUGCUCUUGUACCAACUGUCACUACCGUGUCACCUUCAACUGGGACACUGGCUCUAGGGACGUCUGUCACAAUCUCUGGAACAGGGUUUAGCUCCAACCAAUCAGAUAACUCGGUGACAAUAGGAGGCGUGGCUUGCAGUGUUACCGCAGCGACCAGCACAAGCAUCACAUGCAGCGUGGGUAAUGGUCCUGUUGGAACAUAUCCUGUCGUGGUAAACAUAGCAGGGAAAGGUUAUGCCUCCGGGAGCAUAGAGUUCACGUAUACGGCAGACGUGACCGGAAUUUCACCUGCGUCUAGUAGUCUGGGAGGUGGGGUGGUGCUGACAGUGACCGGUUACGGUUUCAAAUCUGACGCCACUAUUACAAUCAACUCCAACGACUGUGGGGUUCUCUCUGUGACCACUGAUACAGUCACAUGCACAGUCCCACGCUCGGCGACUGCGGGCACCUUCGAUGUUGUGGUCACCCAGGGCACAUCUCCACUAAGCUACUCGGGAUUCACCUACGACCCCUCGGCCACCCCUACCAUCACCGACCUCUCAACUUCAACUCUUACUGCUGAGGGUGGCAGCUUGACCAUCACAGGUUCGUCAUUCGGCAGCGAGGGUAUUGUCUACCUCGGUGACACUGAGGCCAUUGUGACCUCUUGGAGUGACUCCAGUAUUGAGGUCACGGUAGAGGUCGUGGAAGCAGGUGACCUUGACCUUGUAGUCCACACUGCAGAUGGGGUGGCAGUCAACAGUGCUGGAGAGAUCCCUGUGGUUACCGUGGACCUACAUGUAACCAAUGUGUACCCACUGAAGAGCUCGCUACAAGGGGGGACAAGGCUCACUCUUACAGGGUCUGGUUUUGGUGAAAACAGUGCGAAUUUGGAGGUCAGUGUUGGUGAUUCCACGUGUGACAUCGAGACCGUCUCGGAUUCAGAGAUUGUCUGCUUGGUGGCCAAGGGCGGGAAAAUUCACCACGUCACAAAUAAAGGCAUAGACCCAGCCUAUGGAGUGUUCUAUGCCUUUGACAAGCCCUACCUAACAGUGAAUGUUGGAGACUUUGUCCUCUGGUCGUGGGAAACGCCAGACUUUGUGAACAAUGUAGCACACGCUAUAAUCCAGGUUGAUAGUCCCAGCUCCACUGUGGGGAUGGAGGGAGGCUUCACAAGCGGAACUCCACAGAAGGAUGGAAACUAUCAGUACCAGUUCACAGAGGUUGGAGUGUUCUAUGUAUGGAGUGAUUUCGUAGAUGAGUGGGGUAUCAAGAACUACGCAGGAACUAUUGAGGUUGUGGAGGCUUCGGCAAGUACAGCUAAAGUCUCUGUCCUUCGAGCUGGUAUUGAGGCUGUGUACAAUGUCGGAGGUUCGUCUGACCCAGUUGACUCCUCUGAUUGUGUUGGCACCACUUCUGCACGCUCUGGCUGCUCUGACUCCUCCAUCCCAGAGGGUGAGGCUGGAUAUUUCAAUUUCCAGCUCCUUCCAUGUAGCACUGCCUCUGUUACUAGCAUCAAUGUCAACCAGGGUACAGCUAACGCUGAGAUCGUCAUUACCGGCAACGGAUUCUCGACCAUUUUGUGUCGGAAUGAGGUUACAUUUGGAGGUAUUGUCUGUGACGUCAUCUCUGCCACUGCGACCGAGUUAACAUGUAAGCUUGCUAAAUCAGGUGAGCCCGAGUUGGGAAUUUACCAUCCAUUGGGGGUAAGAAUCAGUAACCGUGGUAACGCAUUAGUCGCAAUAAUGUCAGCCAAAGACCAAGGCUUUGCUGUGAUACCGAACAUCGAGUCCAUCAGCCCUGUUUCUGGCUCUACUGCUGGUGGAGCCAUGUUAACGAUAACAGGUUUUGGAUUUGGUGACAGUCCAAUAGUAAAAGUAGGUGAUUUUGAGUGCUUGAUUGUUGAGAGCUCCUACUCUGAGAUCAUCUGCGAGACGCCAACUUCUGUCCAGGCUCAGCGCGAUGUAACUGUUGAGAUUAUGGUGAAUGGGGCUCCUCUUGCUGCUGAGUGUGAAACUGCAACCCAGACCUGCAGAUACUCCUAUGCAAACUUAUGGACUCCAACAGUGACCAACAUCUCUCCUGAUGCUAUAUCUUCUACUGCAUCAUUGACCAUUACUGGAACAGGGCUUGGAACUGACAUCUCAGCAGUAGAGGUGACAUUUGGAGGAGUUCUGGGGACCGUUACUGCUGUCAGCGACACCUCCUUGACUGUGUCAGUUGAUAACAUACCUGCCGGAAGCAAUGAUGUGAUUGUGAGACUCUCUGCCCACGGGAAGGCCUCAGGAAGUCUGUCUGUCACUGGCACACCUGUUAUCUCCAGUAUAACACCUGCAUCAGGCAGUAUCCAUGGUAACACCACAGUCACAAUAGCAGGCAACGGUUUUGUAGAUGGUGACACAAUUGUAACUUUUGAAGGAACUGCAUGUGAAAUUGUUUCAACUACAUUAUCUGAAGUAGUCUGUAUAACACCUGCUAACUCAGCUGGUUCAUCAGAUGUUGCAGUGACCUCCAACAGUGAGAGUUACCCUACCGCAACAUUCAGCUACGCGACUGGCUCUACUCCAAGUGUCUCUUCAGUCUCGCCACCUCGUGGUUUGCCAGGGGACACCCUUACAAUUUCAGGAUCCAACCUUGCAGACGGGAGUGUAACACUUAAUGAUGUAGAGUGCGAUGUAACCUCCAGCUCAGGCAGCCAGAUCCAGUGUACCCUGGGAAACCAUGCAACAGGCACUGUGCCAGUGGUCGUGUUUGUGGAUGGUCUGGGAGUUUCCAACUCUGAUGUCAGCUUUGAAUAUCAGCUCUCUUUAUCCUCAAUUUCACCAACAACAGGUGGAACUGCAGGAGGUCAGCACCUCGUUUUGUCUGGAACCGGCUUUACCGAGGAUGCCAUUGUGACAGUGUGCAGUCUCCCGUGUACUCAUGUGACCUCUGAUACAUUAUCGUACACAUGCAGGACUCCAGCAAACAGUGCCCUGACCUGUGAUGUGGCCAUUUCACUUAAUGGUCUAACAAAGACCCUAGCGGAUGCGUACACCUACAAUGCUGCUCUAACCCCAACCAUAUCUGACGUGACCCCAACUAAGGGUGGGACGGGGGGUGGCACCACUAUCACCAUCUCAGGAUCUGGAUUUGGGUCAGAUGUUGGUGCUGUGAGUGUGAUGAUCAAUGGAUCGGAAUGUGUUGUUAGUGCAGUGGUUGACAGCAAGUCCGGACCACACAUGGGCUCUAUUGAUGCUAAGGUGGAGGUCCAGGUGGAUGGGAAUGGGAUUGCAGAAGAGGCAAGUUCAGGCUCAUCAGACUACAGCUACAUCGACGUGUGGUCCUCUGAAUUUACAUGGGGUGGUGGUCCGCUACCACAGGAGGGGGAGUUUAUCAUCAUACCUGCAGGCAUGACGCUGCUUCUCGACACUGACACGCCCAUACUAUCGUUCCUGCUCAUACAAGGAGGAAAGCUGAUCUUUGAUGAGAAGGACAUAGAAUUGCAGUCCAAGAUCAUUAUGAUCACAGAUGGCGGAGUGUUACAAGUUGGUACUAAAGAGGAGCCAUUCCAGAACAAGGCCAUUAUAACCCUCCAUGGUCACCAUAGAGACAGGGAACUGCCAAUAUACGGCACCAAGGUCCUCGCAGUUAGGAACGGGACCCUUGAUCUGCAUGGUAUUGAGGUACCCCUGACAUGGACCCGCCUGGCUUCAACUGCUAACGCAGGAUCAGACUCAAUCACCCUAGUGGACCCUGUAGAAUGGAACGUUGGGGACGAGAUCGUCAUAGCGACCACCGGACACCAUCACACACAGAGCGAGAAUGAGAAACGAACAAUUGAAUCCAUUUCAUCGGACAAGAGGACUCUUACACUUACUGAGUCCCUGGAGGCAACUCAUGUUGGGACAACAGAGACAUUUGAUGGUACAGAGGUGGAGUUCCGUGCAGAGGUUGGGCUGCUCACCCAUAAUGUGGUUGUCCGUGGCAACGAAAAUCCUGAGUGGGAAGACGAGAUAGAGGCUUGUGAGGCUGGUUUUAACACUGGUGAGUUUGCCACCCAGACAUGUUUCCAGGGCAGAUUUGGAGAUGAGAUCGGCAGCAGCCAGUUUGGGGCCAUGAUCCUUAUACAUGCACCUGUUGUUGACACCCGCGAAGCCCAGGCCAGAAUCUCCUAUGUGGAGGUCACCUUUGCAGGCCAGGCAUUUAGGCUUGGCAGAUACCCCAUUCAUUUCCACUUGAAUGGUGACAUGUCCACGAGUUACGUCAGAGGAUGCGGUAUCCACAAGACAUUCAAUAGGGCGGUCAACAUCCAUGGCACUCACAACACCCUUGUCGAGAAGACUGUCAUUUAUAACAUCAUGGGUGGAGCAUUCUUCUUGGAGGAUGGAAUUGAGACCAAUAACACAAUUCAGUACAACUUGGCUGUGUUUGUUCGCGAGAGUUCAAGCUUACUAAACGAUGAUGUUACUCCAGCUUCAUUCUGGGUGACAAACCCUAACAACAUAAUCCAGCACAACGCGGCAGCUGGAGGCUCCCAUUUCGGCUACUGGUACAGGAUGCAUUCCCACCCUGAUGGGCCUUCCUUCACUCCUGAUGUUUGCCCUGAUAAUGUUCCACUGGGGAGGUUCUACAACAACACCGCUCACUCAUUCGGUUGGUUUGGCCUCUGGGUGUUUGAAUUUUAUUUCCCACUUCAGGGUGGCUGUGGAGGUACUGAAGUGGAACCAGCCGUGUUCGAAGGCCUGUUUGCUUGGAACUGUGAAAAGGGAGCCGAGUCUGUCAAUGUUGGAGCAUUGCAGUUUAAGGAUUUUGUGCUCGUGCAAAAUAAACUUGCUGGUUAUGAAGGAAAGAAGAUAAACAAUGUUCCGUUGUGGACAGAUGACAGCCCUCUGAUAAAGGACAGUCUAAUUGUUGGGAAAACAACCGUCAUACCAGACUCUGAGCAGGGUUGCACAAAGGGCGGGCUUGUCUACCCAUAUGGCAGAGGAUUUAGAGCUAUUAACACAAGAUUUGUCAACUUUGCGGACUCAGAAUGUGCCACGUUCAGAUGGACAAGAAUCUCAGGUACCUGUUCCUUGUUUUGCGGAGGUUACACUUACCACAACGAGCAGCUUAGGUUCAUAAAUGCGCCCAACAAAGCCAUAUUUGCGUGGGAAUGGGAGGGAAUUAUUCUGGACAAGGAUGGCACCACUACAGGAAAAGACCCUGGCUGGACGAUCCUGCCCACAACUGGCACCCUGCCAAGCGACUGCGAGGUUGCUCAAGAGUUCAGUAUCGGUAUUAAUGCUAGCGUGUGUCCCCCUCAGUACAAGUGGCACAGAUUUGCGUUCAAUAAUAUUGUACCAACGUCACUUGAGGGGAAAGACUUCGUGAUUACAAAUGAAUAUGGGACAUCCAAUGUUCCCUUUGCAAAGAAGCGUCUGUCCCAUAAGCCAGGAUGGCAGUGUGCACUUCUCAAGGGCGCCACCUACAUGUUCUCGUUCGAGAAUGGAGAUCAUUUUAAGAACAUCAGCUUCACUGGCCAGUUUUAUGAUUUUGAUAGUGAUGACUACUUGUUUAUGAGAGCAUCAGUGGAGACCAUUCCAGAUCGAUUUUCUGUCGACAACGGGGCAUCGUUCAUCAACAUGACGGAGGGCUCGAUUGACCCGAACACAGCCGAGAAUGGGGACUGGGAGUGGGAUAAUGUGAACAAGGAAAUCAAAUAUAUAGUUCAUGGCCGAACCCGUUCCAAGAGAGGAAUGUCUACAUACUCUGUUGAUCGUGUAUACGGCUUUACUGCAUACAAGUGUUUCUACGAGGAUUGUAUACCUCCGCCUGACCCCGACACUAUCCCACCCACCACGUCCCGUCCUGCAGACUUUGACUACUGGAAUGAUGCAACUAUGUGGAAUGUCACAGACGAUGAUUACGUUACUAAUGUUGGAGGAAUCACUGGUGUUCCUCAGAGCAUGGAUAACGUGCUGAUUGCCUCAGGCUCAUGGGUUGUUGUAAACAACACAGCAGACAUUCAACUAGGCACAUUGAUUAUCGAAGGAGUACUGGAGUUCAACAACUUGGCAGAAGCCGUGUACAACCUUGAGGCUGAUUAUAUCGUGAUUCGUGGAGGUCGAUUGAUAAUUGGUUGGCCAGAGGAUCCCUUCUUGGGUCUCGUGACUAUUACCCUCCGUGGAAAUCACGACUCCUCCUACUUCACUCCCGGGGACGGACCAGUACUUGGAUCUAAAGCUAUCGGUGUAUUUGGAGGGCUGGACCUGUUUGGUAAGGACGUAGGUCUCACCUGGACGCAGCUCGCAACCACAGUAAUGCCAGGGUCAUCCUCUCUGACGCUUGCCCAGUCAGUAAACUGGACGGCUGGCAACGAUAUUGUGCUGGGAACGACCACUUUUAACGCCUGGGAAACAGAGUCUUUCCGGAUAACGGCCGUGUCGGAUGACGGCCUCACUUUGACUCUCAAUGAUACUGUGAGAUACAGACAUGUUGCCUAUGAGGAAACACUGACCACUGGUCAGCAACUGAACCUGGCUGCUGGGGUGGGAUUGCUUUCCCACAAUAUCCGGGUUGUCGGUGAGGACUACUCAGAGCUGUACACAGAGUCUUUCGGGGCUCGUGUUCUGGUCGGGCUUAUUACACACCAGAGUCAAACAUACACAGGUUAUGCUCGCCUGUCAAAUGUGGAGUUUUACCACACGGGCCAGGAAGGCUGGACUGAGGAAUACGACCCGAGAUUCUCAGUGUCAUUUGUCGCAACGGGAACUGUCUCUAAUGUAAAACCUUCCAAGGUGACCAGAUGUUCCUUCCAUAAUGGUUUCAACACGGCUGUUGGAGCCUUCGGUAUUGGAAGUCUGGAGGUUUCCAACAAUGUGGUGUUCGGAACUGUUGGCAAUGGCAUGGUGACCAGUUCUAAUGAUACACACCUGUUAAACAACCUUGUGACUUUAAUGAUUGCCACAAAUGCCUACCAAGACCGCAUAGAAGAGUUCAACCCUCGCUGGGAGGCUGGCAUUGAAGCCAUGAAGUCCACAAACCUUGUCAUGCAUGACAAUCUUGUGACAGGGUCCGAGAGAGUAGCAUACCAUGUGCCACCCAUUGCCUGUGACGAUUAUUCCGGCAGUUAUUCCAACAACAAGGCUUUUGGCAACAUGCAUGGCGUGGUUUUGUUGCCCGUGGAUAAGCCAGAGUUUGAGUCUGGAGCAUGUGUUAAGUUUGCCAACUUUACUGUCUGGAAGAAUCAUGACUAUGGCAUGUACUAUCAGAAUGGCUUCAAUUUUGUUGCCGAGAAUAACGCCUUUAUUGAAAACCAAAAUGGCUUGAUAACUUUUGUUCUUGGACCAAGUGCUGUAAGUCAUCAAAAAGCUGACAAGACUGUCGAUGUCAUUGACAAUCUAUUUGUUGGACAGACAAAUGCCUUUGACUGUGACAAGGACGUGCAACCAGACCUGGAUGACAAUUACAUGCUGGCAGUGAAAGCAAGGCCAAGUCUGGCACCAGAUGGAGGGAUGGUUGGACUUAUUUUCCCAAACUUUUACCAAAAGUCUAACAAUGCCCCUGGCAAGCCAUGGAAAGGCUGCAUGGCAUAUAAUUCAAUUGGAGGGUUGAUGAGAAUGUCUGGUAACACAUUCGCCAAGUAUGAAACUGGUUGUAAGGAAAAUUUUGCUGUUUCCACUAAUGUGGGAAAUGAUGACGGCCAGCAUCCAGUGGAAUCAAGUGGCGUUACUUUCGCUGAUGUUCCACAUUCAAAUAAGAUUGUCUACCACAGACCAAAUGUAGGGAAGAUCAACUCUGCAGACUGUGUAGACAUGGACUGUGAUGCUCUCAAGAAAGCGUUGUUCAAGGAUCUUGAUGGAACGUUCCUCGGUCACAUUGGCUCCGUUAUCCCUCAGUCAGAGUAUGAGUGGGAUGGGGACUCGCGACGCGGUCUCGGAGAUUAUCGUAUUCCGAAGGAGAUGGUCACAACGCUCGAUGGGAAAAGAAUUCCUGUUAAGGAUAUUGCUCCGAACAAAGGUGUGAUUCGUAGUGAGAACUGUGAAUACCAGUCCAGCUGGCAGGCGUAUGAGUGCGGAGAUGAUCUCGAGUAUGAGAUGUUAAUUAUCGAGAACAUGGACUCGGAUACGGAGUUGCGACGCCUAUCUCCUGUUGCGGUGCUGGGAGAUGGUUACAUUGACCUGAUUAACGGGCCUCAGGACCAUGGCUGGUGUAGUGGCUACACAUGCAGGAAAAGGCUGUCCACUUUCAUGGCUCUUGUUGCAACAGAUCAUGAGUUCCUGAUCCACUUCACGAGUACAACCCCAGAGCACCUACGGUACUACCUACUGAACUCGGAGCCCGAUGAUGCCGUGAAGCUCUCCAUCUGGUACUCUCGACCCAACAGACUCGAUCUGUUUGUAGACGGGACAUUCGUUAUUUCAACCAACGCUGAAAUUGAUGAGAAUGGAUAUUAUAAAACAAUCAUGCCUACAGGUAACGAGCUUGACCCUAAUGUGGCCAACGCCACUGGCACAAACUUCUUCGACAAGAACAGUGGUUUAUUCACAUUUAUCAUCAAAGGCCCACAGAAGAUUGAUGUAAUCACCCAACAGACUGUGAUUGUCUCGUUUGGAAUUCCGGCUCUCACAAUAGAGCAGUUCUUCGGGGACAAUAUUGUGGAAAAUCUUGCCAACUUCCUCAACAUUCCGCUCACGAAGGUGAGGUUUGUGAACGUGAUCAGUGCCAGUGGACGGAGGCGAAGGUCAACGGGUGGAAUCUCUGUGGAAAUUGAAAUCGGAAAUGAACCAUCCUCAGACAUGAACUCCACUGUAUCCGACUCUGUUUCUGUCAAUGACCUGCUCUCAUUUGCCUCUGACAUUGUGAAUGAGUGCCAAGUUGGAAAUCUGUCAGCGUCGUUCAACCUAAGUGGCUCCUGUGAAAUGGUUCAACUGUCGUCUGAUGACCCUGAUUCGCCAGUGAUCACAUAUACUCCUCAGACGCCAGAUUACCUGUUCUUCCAUACAAACCUGGUUCCCGAGUACGAGGGUGUUCCAUUGAGUGUCCAGCCUCUGAUACGGGUGGCCGAUACUUCUGAUGUGGUCAUCACCGACCUGGGUACAGCAGAGCACCCUUGGGAGUUGACCGUGAGUCUCCAAGAGGGCACGGGUCACGCUAGCGCAAAUCUUUCCGGCACCCUCACAGUCUUGGCCACAAACGGAUGGUUCAACUUUACUGACCUCACAAUAUCUCAUAUGGGAAGUGGAUAUAUCCUGGUGUUCAAUGUCACCUAUCCGGUCGGAGCAAACUUCACGGUCAACACUGACCCAUUUGACCUUGACAGUCGACCCCUGAAGGUCACAGUUGCUGAUCAGACCAGUGGGAACAUUGUACCAGAAUCAGACUUCUUCCUCACUGUGGAUAUCAGAGAUGAGAACACUGACAAAGUUCUGUCUGACAUUAACUGGAGGGACCACACUUGGACAGGUGAGGUGAGCAUGCUUAAAGCUUCUGAGUAUGGUGACCUUGGUGGUGCCGUGGCAACCACCUUUGACCCUGCAUCCAGCCAGGCAAUGUUCAUGGGCCUAAACAUGAGUGGUUAUGGCGUGUUCUAUGUGCAGAUCCACGUUGUGUCGGACCCCCCAGAUUAUGACCUAACUGUGAACCACAAACUGAACAUCAUGAACCCGGCGCAUGUCGGGCUGGUUGUUGAGGAAACCUAUGAGCUGUCUGUGAAGUUUGAUGUUGAUUUUAACCGUGUGCUGCCGACCACGGAUCUACAGAACCAGUUUGAGCAGCAGGUGUUCACUCUGUAUGCUAACAUGUGGCCUGACGUGCGUCUGUCAGUCGGAUCGAUCUAUGAAGGCAGCAUCGUUGUGACAUUUAUUGUGGAGGGCUCAUUGAGUGACGUUAAUGACACAGCAUACAGCCUGUGCACAAGUAUCGAGGACAAGACAAUAUACAACAUCAACAACUACGACAUCCAACUGUCGGAGUACAUGACCAUUAACAACCAGACGUUCUACGGUGUCAGUUGCGGAAGCAUUACUGAAGAUGAAGAAGACUCGAGUCUGUCUGUGUGGGUGAUAGCAUUGAUCGCCGGUAUCGCUGCCCUCAUCCUGGCUGCUAUUGUCUGUGUGGUCAUCUGGAGAUUGAUGGUCAAGCCCAAGGCCAAGACACAUGAUGUCAGAGACUGGAAGAAAAAUGACAACAUGGUGGUCGAGGACUUGCCGUACAGCGACGAGAAACUCGGCGUCGAUCCGUAUCUGGGGCCCAGCAACACCUUCCUUGGGGAGGACAAGGGCCGCUGGUCCCCGUUCAGUGUCAGAAUACAGUCCCCUGAGGUACCCCUAGAGGGAUCAUCCCCGGAGCGCACCAUGACACCUGUGGAACACGAGUUGCCAGCAUCGCGUUGGCCACGUACGAAAAUCAUGGCGCUAAAGGCAAUGAAGCCAAAAUGGAGGUUCUAGAUCCAAGACAAUUAAACUUGUAAUAAAACUGGCAUCAUUUCUUCCGUAGAUAUUUAAAGUUUCUGCUGUCUCAUUUCGACACUGUAAUUAAAGUACUAGUUUGUAUUAUAAUGAAAGGUUUCUUUUGUUUGGAAAAACAGUGGGAAAAUGUUCAUUUUAUUACGCUGUAAUACAAUAUUAGGUAGAAUUUCUUUUCAUAUGUUUAAAUCGACGAUCAUCAGCUGUAUGCCCAUUGUCAUGUACAUGGUAUAAUCUGUUCAGGGUUCAUAUCACUAACAUCUUGAGUUCGAGUCUCAGUCUCGGUCUCAGAAAUUGUAAUUUGUUUAUGUCACCAAUUACCUUUAAUGUAGUUGAUUUUUUACAUAAAAUGAGAACAUAAAUGUCGGACAUGGUAUUUGCAACAUGAGCGGCCAGUUUUACCAUUACUCUUCUUAAAAUAAUGACUGUACAAUACAAUUAAGAUUUGCAGUUUGAGUCUGGAGUCUCAAACUUAGAACAGUAGUGAAUAUUGACCCUGGCCCAAAUAUCACAAAGGUACUUAAUUCUUAUCUCAAUCUCUACACAUUUUACCACUAACAUGUAAAAGUAAAAGCUAUUUAAAAUUGUGUAUGUGUUGAAUAUGUUGAUUAAAACGUUACAGGAAAAUUGUAAUUGAGUACAACUCAUUCUUUUUAACAGUAUAAUUUUUGCUCUCAGAAUUAGUUUUUCUAGAGAAAUAUUGACAGUUUUUUGUCAACACAUUCUAUGCAAAAGUACGUUUUUUAAGAAAAUUAAAAACCUGAAAGACUUUGAAUCCUAUUAAGAAUUUAUAAGGUAAAAUGAGUUGAAACUGAGAUUGAGAUUUUACUUUGUUGUGAUAUUUGGGCCAAUUCGGAAGUCCAUGGCCAUUUUCAAUUAAAAACAACCUCCGUUGUAUAUGGACAGUUUACAAUGUCAGAAAUCUUUACAUUUAACAACGCUGCAAGUAGUUCGCGUAGUAAUUUUAAUUUAGCAGUAAAACUUGGUGACUUUUCUCUUGGGAGUCUUAAUUAUGCAAUAAUACACUUCACUCGAAAUCAAUUUAAAAUUUAAAAACACAUAAAAGCACUUCAACUAUUUGAUACUAUUAGUGUUUUUACGGUGAUCCGAAUUAUUUGGGCCCGUCUGCAGUUUCAUUGAUCCAUUCAUGUUGUAUUGUUGCAACUUCUGUGAUAUCUUUACCUGUGAUAUGUAUUUAUAAUGUUAUUUAGCUUGUCUGAUUUUUUUGGGAAAAAAGUAUUGAAAGAUUGUCAUAGCCUUCUUGCAAAAACUUGGCCAUAAUUCAGAACAUUAAAUUGAUGUGGUUCAAUAUAUUCAAAUGGAACUUGGUAUACAUGUUGCCAGAGACGUUAAAUAGCCUUCUCGGAAAAACUUGGCCACAAUUCAGAAUAUGAAAUUGGUUUGUCCAAUAUAUUCGAACAAAACUUGGUAUACAUGUUGCCAGAGAUGUUAGGCACAUGUAUUAUACCGUAAGGUCCAUAAGUCUGGCUGUAGUAAUCAUUGCCACAUGCUGGCCAGAGGAGCAUUGGGGCUCGCUUACAUAUAUUGUUGGUGUUUAUUUAAUCCUAAAUCAACUGUGUUGUUUCUUUUUCUUCACUUUGUUACUAUUGUCUUGUUAGC